AUGGCGGCACCUACUACAGAAGCACCACCAACAGAGUUUGCUGUUGCUUUGUUCGAGGGCUUCCAGGCUCUUGAUGCGUUUGGGCCUCUGGACACUCUGAAUCUUCUGUCUCGACGCGACAAAGACAGCAACCGCAAGAUUUCCCUUUCCGUCCUGGCCGCGACAAAGGAUGCCGUAUCGACAGCAGCACCAGACGCGCACCAAACCAUUGAGCAAUGGGUCUUGCCCACGCACACCUUUGACGAUGCGCCGGACAAUAUUGAGGUGCUCAUCAUUCCGGGCGGCCAGGGCACGCGCAAGCCAGAGACAACCCAGCCGAUAGUGGACUUUCUCCACGCGAGAUUUUCCAAGCUGCGCUUCGUCAUCACCAUCUGUACUGGCACGGUUAUUCUCUCCAGAGCAGGUCUGCUCAACAAUGUCAGAGCGACUACAAACAAAUGCGCUUUUGACUGGGUGGUGGAGGCGUCCAAGGAGGGCAGCCCCAAGGUAGAAUGGGUGCGGCGGGCGCGGUGGGUGGAUACAGGCAAAAUCUGGACGGCUUCUGGAGUUACAGCUGGCAUGGACGCAAUGUUUGCCUUUGUGGCUCAACAAUAUGGUGAAGAUGUCGCCGCGAGCAUAGCUGAGACGCAGGAGUAUACGCGUCAAACUGAUCCUACCAAUGAUCCAUUCUCGACGAUAGAUUACACUAAACUAAAUGCUGAAUAG